CCCUGCAGGUGAAGUAUAAGGAGGACCUUGAGAAGAUGAGGGGUCAGAGUCUGUUUGUUCCUGGAGCCGAACUCAUCCACUCCAAGAACAUCAGCGCUGUGAUAUCUGAGUCGAAGUACAAAGAGGAGGGAAAGAAGGAGGCGUCCAUGUCUCUGUACUCGGUCCUGGCCCAGACUCCCGAGACUCAGCACGCCAGAGAGGCGUCAGAGCUGCAGAGCGAGAUCAAAUACAAAGGAAAAGUGAAGAUUUCCUCGUCUCUUUAUUCUCUUCUUCCCGAAACCACCGAGACCCAGUUUGUCAAAGAGCUGACGGAGCUACUGAGUGAGAAAAAGUACAAAGAAGACGGGAAGAGGAAGGCGUCCAUCUCUCUCUACUCUCAGCUCCCCGACACCCCCGAAAUACACCACGCUCUGGAGAUGUCUCAGCUGCAGAGUGAGGUGAAUUGUCGGCCUAGUCUGCUGGUUAGAGGAGCUCCGUCCUCUCUGUACUCCCAGCUGCCCGACACCUCCGAGACCCAGUUCGCCCGAGAGAUGACGGAGCUGCAGAGCGAGAGUAAGUACCGGGACGGCAGCAGGAGGAGACUGUCCCAGAGCUUCUACUCUCAGCUCCCGGAGACCGCCGAGACGCGGUUCGCUAAAAGCGUCGGCGAGCUGCAGAGCGAGAUGCGGUACAAGGAAGCGGGGAAGAAGGGCGCGACCUCGUGUCUGUACGCUCUUCUUCCCGAGACGUUGGACACGGCUCACGCCAAGGACGUGUCCCAGCUGCUCAGUGAGGUGAAGUAUAAAGAGGAGGGUAAGAAGGGGAUGAACACCAACCUGUACUCUCUGCUGCCGGAGACCCUCGACACCCAGCACGCUAGAGAGACCUCAGACCUGCAGAGUCAGCUGAAGUAUAAAGGAGGGGUGAAGAACCAGAGCAGUCUGUACCACCAGCUCCCCGAGACCACGGAGACACAGCUGGCCAAACAGCUGUCGGACCUGCAGAGCCAGGCGAAGUAUAAAGAAGCAGGUAAGAAGGAAGUGAACACCUGCCUGUACUCCGCUCUGCCGGAAACCAUGGCAACGCAGCACGCCAAGGAGAGCGGCGAGCUGCUCAGCGAGAUUAAAUACAAAGAGAGCGGGAGGAAGGAGCGCUCCAGCUCCAUCUACUCCACCCUGCCCGACACGUCGGAGACCAGCUUCGCCCGAGAGAUGAGCGCCAUGCACAGCGAGACUAAGUACAAGGAGAGUGGGAUGAAGAGCCGUUCCCAGAGCGCCUACAGCCAGCUGCCGGAGACCGCCGACACGCAGUUUGCCAAGACGGUGUCGGAGCUGCAGAGCGAGAUGAAGUACAAACGGGGGAAGAACGACGCGUCCCGCUCUCUGUACUCCACCCUGCCGGAGACUCUGGACACGCUGCACGCCAGACAGGCCUCGGAGCUGCAGAGUCAGCUCAAGUACAAGUCGUCUCUGAGGACAGGUGCGUCCUCCGGUCUGUUCCACCUGCUGCCGGAGACGCUGGAGACGGCCCACGCCAGGGACGUCUCCGAGCUCCUCAGCCAGGUCAAGUACAAGGAGGAGGGUAAGAAGGAGAUGAGCAUGAGCCUGUACUCCGUGCUCCCCGACCCCCCCGACACCCAGCACGCCAAACAGCUGACGGACAUGCAGAGUGAGGCUAAAUACAAAGAAGCCGGCAGGAAGCAGACGCAUACGUCUCUGUAUCACCAGCUGCCUGAAACUCUGGAGACGCAGCACGCUAAAGAGGCCUCGCAGCUGCAGAGUCAGAUCCUGUAUAAAGAGGCUGUGAAGAAGGAGUUGGCGUGUCCAGUUUACCACCAGCUGCCCGACACUCUGGAGACCCAGUUUGCCCGAGAAGUCUCCGACAUGCAAAGCCAAAAGAAAUACAAGGAGGACGGGAUGAACAGACUGUCUCAGAGUUUCUACUCUCAGCUGCCUCAAACCGCCGAGACUCAGUUUGCUAAAGCUGUCUCUGAGCUGCAGAGCGAGACAAAGUAUAAGAAGUCCGGGAGGCAAGAGGCCGGCAGCUGUCUGUACUCCGUGAUGGCAGAAACCCUGGACACCCAACACGCCAAGCAGGCCUCGCAGAUCCAGAGCCAGGUGAAGUACAGAGAGGACGUGCAGAAGUCGUCCAGUCUGUUCUCCAGCCUUCCUCAGACCCCCCAGACCGAGCUGGCCAAGGAGGUGACGGAGCUCCAGAGCCAGGUGAAAUAUAAGGAGGGACAUAAGAAGGAGGCGUCCUCUUCCCUCUAUCACCUCCUCCCCGAGACGGGAGAGACGCUUUUCGCCAAACAGAUGUCAGAGAUCCAAAGCGAGACGAAGUACAAGAAGGACCGAGAGGACCUGUCCAGCUCGUUGUUCUCUCUGCUGCCGGAGACGCUGGAGACGCAGUUUGUGAAGGAGAUGGCGGAGACGCACAGCGAGGUGAAGUACAAGCAGGCCGGUCAGACGGAGGCUAGCGCUCCUCUGUAUCACCAGCUAGCCAAAACCACCGAGACGCAGCUGGCCAGAGAGCAGAGGGACGUCUGCAGCCAGGUGAAGUAUAAAGAAGAGGGGAAGAAGGAGAUGGGUAAGAGCCUGUACUCGCUCCUCCCUGAGACCGCAGAGACCCACUUUGCCAAGCACGUGUCAGAAAUACAGAGUGAGACGAAGUACAAGAAGGACCGAGAGGACCUGUCCAGCUCGUUGUUCUCUCUGCUGCCGGAGACGCUGGAGACGCAGUUUGUGAAGGAGAUGGCGGAGACGCACAGCCAGCUGAAGUACAAGGAAGGAGGGAAGAGGGAGUGGAGCUGCAGCCUGUACUCCGCCCUGCCCGAGACCGAGGAGAUGAAGGCUGCUAAAGCCGCCAUGGAGCUCCAGAGUGAGAUUAAAUACAAAGAGAAAGGCCGAGAGGAGAUCAGCUGCAGCGUCUUCCACCAAAUGCCGGAGACCAAGGAGACGGAGUUUGUUAAGCAGAUCUCUGAGCUUCAGAGCGAGACGAAGUACAAGAAGGGCCGAGAGGACCUGUCCAGCUCGUUGUUCUCUCUGCUGCCGGAGACGCUGGAGACGCAGUUUGUGAAGGAGAUGGCGGAGACGCACAGCCAGGUGAAGUAUAAGAGAGACCAGAGCCAGAGAGCCGAGGGCUCGGCAGACCUGCCCAACCUCCUGCAGCUGGAGCACGUCCUGCACGCCAGCAAGCUGCAGAGCAACGUGGAGUACAGGAAGAAGCGGCGUCCAGCUCCAAAGGUGGAAAUGGGAACGUCGAGCCACAAUGACGUGGACCUGAGCUGGAUCCCCCAGGAGACCCUGAACCAGAUCAUGCAGAGUCGCAGAGACAAAGCGUCCCCCAAAAGAUCUCCUCGCAAACGGACCCAGAAACGCUCGGCCGGCUCGGACGAGUGACGGGCGCCAUGGCGACAACAGCCUCAUCCGAGUGUCAUCGUGGGAGGAGGGGGGGG